CGGCGUAUACAUUGAACGUUCGUGGCCCGUAAACGAUCGAGUGCCACCGCCGUCGUCCAGCAUUUGUUGUGAGCUGAAACUGUAAUCAAGACCGGGUUGAAAUGCAAUUCUUCGAGUACAUUGGUAGUCUUUUAGUGAUCGACUGAUACGCUUUUGUUCGGAAAAUUAAAUUGAGAUGUUGUUAAUUACGUAUUUACUUUUGUUCGGACCUUGUUGGCUGCUGUCGCGAUCGCCUUCUUCGUAGCCGGAUGUAUUUAUUUUUAGAUCCGUCAGCCGUCGACGCCGUAUACAAAUAAUAUAUUAUCGUUGACGCCACACGGAACACACGGGAUAGAUAUAAUGGCCGAGUGAUGAUAUAUGUUUUUCUUUUUUCAAUGACCUCGUUAACCUUUUACGGAUUAUACGUUAAAAACACGUUUUAGGAUUGACGACGCGUGGAGUGAUCGAACCUACCAAGCUGGCCCAUCAGUUUUGGCUCGGUUGGGGUUCGGGCUCUGGCUCGUGCCGUGCGCAGACAGACGAGGAAAAGAAGGAGAAAAAAGAAAUGGCUGAAGCCGCGGCCAGGCACGAGCUUUAUACGCAACAGCAGUGGGCCCAUCAACGGGCCGAGCGAGCCGAACGUAACGCCGAAAGACUGGAGAGAGAGAUACAGGCACAAGCUGCGUCAGCGGCCGCGUCAGAAUCGCUGGCUGAACUACACUACGCCGACAGCCUGUCUGGAUCAGUGCAAUCUAUAUGCAAGGCACCGAUUGCCAGUUUGGAUUGUAUGGCAGACUUGGGCAGCACCACAGAGCAGCUGUGUGCCAAGCUACAAGCAGCCAACAGCAAAGAUUCGGCAGAUCGUGUCUGUUCCACUCUGUCUCCGAGUCAAACGUCCGGCCUCCGAUAUCGAAAUUUGGGGAAGAGCGGCCUGCGCGUUUCUAAUAUUGGUUUAGCCACUUGGACUACGUUUAACACGACUACUAACGAAGAACAACUAGACGCCGUAGUGACAGCUGCGUAUAAUGCCGGAAUUAAUUUAUUCGAUUUGACAGAAGGGCCACAAAACAGCGAACAGGCUGAGAUCCAAUUGGGGAAUAUACUCAAAAAGAAGAACUGGAAGCGGGUUUCAUACAGUGUUAUAACCAAAAUACACUGGCAAUACAAAUCCGAAGAACGCGGAUUAUCUCGAAAGCACAUAAUCGAAUCAGUCCGGUCGUCAGUUGCUCGCCUGCGACUAGACUACGUGGACAUAGUGUUGAUUCAAAAGGCUGAUCCAAUGUGUCCUUUAGAAGAAGUGGUGAGAGCAAUGGACUUCUUAGUUUCUGAAGGACUGAUUAUGUAUUGGGGCACAGCCAGGUGGUCACCAAUUGAUAUCACCGAAAUGUACACGGCGUGUCGACAACUCAACUGCGCAACGCCUAUUCUUGAACAGGCAGAGUAUCAUAUGCUGUGUAGGGAAAAAGUAGAAAUUUACAUGCCUGAGCUUUAUAAUAAAAUUGGUGUUGGUUUAAUGGCUUGGUCGCCAAUGGCAAUGGGUCUCAUGCCAUCAUUGAAAGAAUCGUUGAGAUACAGGGCAAACGCCGCAAACAGGGCUAAAUCUUUGAGCAUAAGUUGGAGUCAAGAUGAUCGAAAACCUUCGAAUAAAGAAGAACAGAGCGUUUCUUCUAGAAGUACCAAAGAAAUUUUGUGUUCAAUUUCAUUAAUAGCUGAACGUUUGGGUUGUAGUCUUGUUCAGCUUAGUAUAGCAUGGACUUUAAAAAACGAAAGUGUUCAGUGUUUGUUAUUAGGGGCAGCUACAACACAUCAAUUUUAUCAUGCUUUACAUGGACUUCAGUUGCUGCCUAAACUCAAUGCUAAUGUGAUGGCUGAAUUGGAACGUAUACUUGACAAUAAACCAGUAAGACCACCAAUGGUAUCAACACUAGCAAUGAGAUGACAAACAGUGUGCCCUCCAGGCAUAUUGGGGGGCACUGGUGUGAAUGUCGAAGGAGUGAAAGAAGGCAAUGAUGAGUUUGAUGUAAAAGAACGAAAAGUACCAUUUUGUGUAUUACAAUAAAGGACACUACACCAAUUUCGAUGUUUUAUUUGUUAAUUUAACAUACUGUUAGCAUUAUAGUUUAUUAAUUAAAAAUAUAAAUUUUUAACUGAUUA